UCGCACGUGACACCCGACUAUAUCGUUGCCAAGUAUCUAUUGUGCAGGCGGGUUGAAGGGACGAGAAAAAGCGACCUUGACUCGGCCACGUCACGGACAUUCGAUACUCCGCAACCGAGAAACGUAUCUCGGCCGCCUGCCUUCGUUCGGAAUCAAACUACUGACAUGCCCCGUUCGACGUACGCAGCUACGUGCGCAACGAGAGCCGAUCAAUCGGCCUUUGCGGCCUGCAGCGAUCAACGAGUAUCCGCAUGUUGUGAAUCUUGUUGAUAGGGUGAACGAUCCGCUUCCUCAAUCGCUCGCAGAACAUAUGAGUUUUGCCUACUUAUCCAAACCGCAUCGAGCUGCGCGAAACCUCCAUAUUGCACGAUACUCGGUGACCGUGUAACACUGAUUGCAGUUUAAAAUUACGCGGGGACUCUGAUGGGAACAGUUUAAAAACCAGUGUGCCUCUCUCUCACUCGGCAGCCUCUGAUCUCUCUCUUUCUCUCCAUCUUCGUUACUCUCGAAUAUAUGUAUAUACAUGUAUACACGUAUGUAUAUACAUAUAUCUUCUUCGCGUGCGGACGUGGUGUGCAGCCCUCCUUGGGUUCCGCGGUGUCACGGUUCGAGAUCGUGCAAGUUCUAGAAAGUCGCGAGUGCAAACGGAUACGCACAUGCAUACCUAGGCACACAGAGUCGGAUCGCAUCGUCUGACAAACAAGACUACCUAAAGCUGAGAAGGGGCAAAAAAAAGAGGAGAAAAAAGUAUCGUCGAACUUUGGGUACGACGAGUAGACGAUAUAGACACACUCCUAUCUCGCUUGUACAUCGGAUAUAUCGGCUGAGAGACCCGUCGCCCCAUCGCCGAGGUGAAAAUCAGCGCGUGUGGACGAUAAACGGGCGUCGAAAAGAGCUGCUCUCCCAAGCAACGUCGAGGAGGUCGCCGAUGAUCGGCGAGGGGCGGGAGUAUCGCCGAGACGAAACGUCGCGUUGACAAGUUGGCGUUCUUUCCUGCCGACGGAGGGAGGUGAUCGCGCGCCGUCGACUCUGCUCACGGAGGUUGCACACACGAAUACACGCGUACCGCGCACACACGCGCGCGUAAUACGUGUACGUUAUUUACGCAUUCCGAGUCGUGAAUUCCAGAGCCACACGUUUUCUUCGAUAAGUAGAACGCGUUACGGUAUUACACAGCGUUUUCCCCAUUACGACGUUUCGAAAAAAAGAGACUCGGAGCCAAAGCAGACACGGACUAUCAAGACUCGAGCCGAUUGUUACGAUCUUCGGUUCAACCAUCGCUCGUGGAAAUCGCAGUUUCGCGUGGGUGUCGCGGGGUGCAGCGGCGGGACAGGGGGAGGGGAAACGUCGAUACGGUAUUUUCCUUCAUUACCCACUGUGCCGCCGCAAUUUCGGGGACGUCCGACCUUCGUAGCCUCGUUUUUCUAUCUCCGUCUCAGCUUGCAGGCGGCGCGGCGCGCGCGUCGUUAACGGUUAACCGCGAUCGAACCCCUCCCCCCUCCCCCUCCCGGCCCUCCUACUUUCCCCUCCCCUCCUUCUCUCUACCCCACCCUCAGCUGCGGCUACUCGCAGAGUACACACAAUAUCUCUAUUCGUCGCAUAGUAAAGGCACGCGGCGUCGUUUCAGCAUGUGUACGCGGGUGUGUUUACGUGUGUGUGUGUGUGUGUAUGCGCGCGCGCGCCCACGCGUGGGUAAGUAAAUCUUGCCCGUUGACAUCCCUCCUUCUUGCAAAACGAGAAGAAGCAGAAGAAGAAAGGAUAUGAAAAAAGGAAAAACAGUAUCGUCGUGUCGUUACUCUGACAUUCGUACUUACCUCGCUUCGUGUCACGUGGGCAAUGGUGAGAGCUCGUAUACGGACCGAGGAAUCGAACUCGAAACAAAACGCUAACGCAACACGACUCGGAAGUUGCGCGUUAUAUGCGUUUCGAUAUUGAUACGCGUUCGCUGUUGUUGUUAUACUUAUAGGUUCGAAAAUUGAAUUCUUCCCGCGCUGACAGGGGGCGACGGUUGUGUUGGUGCGACGCUGCGAAGAACAAUUGUGAAACAAAACGACGAUCACGGAUAAACAAAGUGCAAGUUUGCGAGUUUAACGAUUCUUCGAUUUUCACUCCUCUUCUACCGUAAUUAUAUCCCACUUGUACCAUACGCGUCGUACGAUAUAUGCGUUGUGAAAAAAGAAGUGGCCCACGUUGACAGCGAAAGAAGUUGGUUAAGAAAAUCGUGUCGCGAGAUAUAUACGUGCGCAGUGGUGGAACUUGUAUAUACCAUAUGUAUAUGUGUAACGGUGGAUGAAAAGCUAAUACCCUGAAUUAAAAUAGUGAUGCAGUGCCGUAUCAUCGCGUGUGCACAGUGCUUCGUGCCUAUUCCUUGGAUUACUUGAAGAUGUCUUCGUCGGUGGGAUAUUAUGACGAUAGGAAUCCGCUCCUCAAAGGCACCUUAUCAAGCGUGGAGCGGGACCGGCUUCGGGAGCGCGAGCGGCAAGCACGCGCAGCGAUGUCGGUCCAAGCUGAACAAGCGGCUGCUGGAGGUGGUCCGGAUUCCCAUCAUCAUCAUCACGGGCAUCAUCAUCACAGUUCCAACACGAACCCAGCCUCCUCGCUCUUCCCCAGAGCACCAGUCAGGGUUAAUCACCCCGAGGAUCCGGCGGCUCGACACGUGCAGGAAACGUUGGGUGAUUUCCACCUGGUGAAACACCUCCUUGACGACUCGAAGAGGUUGAUUGGAAUCGAGGGUGCGCCGCGGCCGAUGCCUCAAGAGUUCAAAAAGCCCGGAGGAUCUCGUCCGAAUUCCGGCGGGACGCACGCCGCUCCGAACAAUGGCGGCUACGUGAAACCUGCUGACGGAAAACCGCCGUACAUGGGGAGGGGUGGCUACCCGGGACAACCCGUAAAGCACGGCGGCGGCAGCAACGAUCAUAGAAGUCACGGCCUUCUGCCGGCCAAGGGGCCGCCGAAUCCUCUUUCCAGGGGCGGUGGCUCCGGUGGAAACGGAAGUAACGUGUCAUCUUCCGGUUCCGGGAGACUACAGAACGCCGGCAUUCAUCUGUCGCGGUUACCGAUGGACAACAGCACAAUGUCCCGACUUUCUGCGACUGAAAGCGCUUCGGACGUGGAUCACAUUCUCAAGGAGAUGACAGAACCUAUCACACCUUUGACAGCGAUCGCCCAAACUCCGCGGAAAGAGUCGGAAUCAAAAUUUACCUUCAACCCGUACAGCAUUCCCAAGCUGACUGAGGCUCCUCCGCCAGAGUCCGGGAAAACUCAGCGAGAACGACAUCCUACUACAAGGUCUGCUUCAGAUGUGGUGGUCGAUGACCUAGACCUUUCCGAAAGCGAAGAUGAAGGAAACAAGGGCUCUUCGCGGACGACAAGAGAUAACAGAAGUCCGAACACGAAUCUUCCAGUCGAUCUGCUACCAGCAAUGACACCAGCACCCUUAGCGCCAAUGUCGCCGCUAGAUAAGUCGCCGACAGGAUCAUUACCACCAUCAAGAUCGGCGAGUCCUGCACCCAACCAGGUGUCACCGUCGCAUCAAAUCGUGCCUCUACGACCAUUGUCUCAGUCACCGUUGAAUCCUCUUAGAAAAGAUUUACCUAGCCCCAUAACGCAGAGGCCUCCUAGUCCACUGGAUCAAGCACCUCAGAGCUCUCCGAGCGCAAGUUCAAGCUCAGGUUCUGACACCAGCAUCACUGAUACUAGCGAUGAAUCCGAGGAUGAGAGAGAUCGACCCCCAGAGAAAGGUCCUUCUACUCCACUGUCGGUAUCACCGAUACCCAAUGUGGAGGAACCGCUACCUACCGUCGAAGAGGCAAAACCUCCUAGAUGGAAUCUGGAAUCCUUUAUCAAUAGGAAUGCUGUACAUUCUAGUGAUCAGACUCAGGAAGCAAAGCGUCUACAGGGUGAUGCGAGAAGAAAUGGUUCUCCGAAUGAGCCUACCGGUACCAAGAGGCCGGGUCAUGACUCUGGAAGCGAAUGGCAACUAAACGAAGCGUUGGACAAACAUCACACACAGCUGUUGAGUUCUUUGAGCGACAGCGAUCUUCACUCUGAUAACGAAAAGAAGCCUGUUACUCAAGAGUCGGUUCGAUCACUGCAACGUGAAAAAUCAAAGCCACUGAAGAGAGGUCGGCCUCGAAAGAGUGUAAAAAGUCCCAAGGGUUCGCGUCAACCAUCCGAUAACGAUAGCGGGAACAAGAAGGGACGUGGAAGGCCCCGUCUGACGAGUUCUAAGAAAAAACCAGUCUCAAAACCCACAGUAUCAACAAGUGAUGACGCCAGUAAUGCUGGAUCGCAAGGAGGUUCCAGCGACUUUGACAGCGAUCAUCCCAGUCUGCCGAGACAACCAGCCUCUCCCAUUUCGUUAGUCAAUAAACCCAGACGAAGAACGAGCGGGUCAUCUAGUGAAGAUGAAAGAGCACCAACUAAAGGAACUGACUCGGAUGAUAGCUCGUGGCGUAGAUCUUCCCUUAAAAAGCGACCCAGCGAUCGCGAAGAUCCAAUGAAGAGAAAUAGACUUUCCGAUUCGCCAAAGAAAUCCGACAAGAAGAGGACAGUUAAUAAAAUGAAUUCAAGUAGGAGAUCUCGGCUGUCAAAUACCAUUGGAUGUGAAAAUGAUUCUGACAGCGAAGUCGAGGUUCAGAAACCCAAAGUCGCCAGAGUACCGCCACGACCCAGACCACCACCAACCAGAUCGAGCUCACCGAAUAAUUCCGACAGCGACAUCAGUUCGGCGCCGAAAUUGCAAGAGGAGCGAGGAAAUGUUCAGGAUAAAAAGAAGAGCGAUACUUUGAGAAAGUUGUUCUCAUCUUCAGGCAAGGGGGGUGGAAAAGGUGGUGGCAAGGGUGGAAAAGGAGGCAAGGGUGGCGGAAAGUGUGGAAUUUAUGUCGAGGAAUACUCGGUACCAACGCCAACUGGAGGAGAAAGUCCGUAUAAAAGGCCAUCGUCCCAAAUGUCGUUACCACCGUUGAAUUAUGUUCAUGGUCAUCCAAGCCUGAUGUGUCGACUCGCAUUAACCCGACUUUCACACAUACCACAGAAUUCUCGAGGGCAGGAACUGAGACAGCGCACCGAACUUCCCGACACGAGGCCGGCUUCGAGAUUAGCCAGUCGUCUACCUCCUUCUCGUCCACCGACUCCUGAAGAAGGAGAGAUAAUUGACAUGCCCCGCUCUGAUACAAGGACACGUAACAGUGAUGCUCCUAUAAAAUCGGAAGGUGUUGCUAAACAAAAUCGUGUUAAAAUCGAACAGGUAUUAGUAGACAGUAAAAACAACAGUGCAUCGAACAGUAAUGCUAUCAAUGGUGGUUGUGUUAAUAAUAGUAGUGCAAGUGGGAGUGGUAGUAGUAUGCCUAAACGAAAACGUAACACUAGUUGCAGUUCAGUGUCUAGUUUGAGUACUGUUUGUUCUAUAGACUCUAAAGCAAAAACUUCCGAGCCGAAGGAAAAGAAAAAGCGGAAACGAAAGCACACAGAGAGUCAGUGCAUAACGCCAAGACCAUCUUCCAGUCAGCAGUGUGAUGUGCAGCCAACCAAUCAUGAGCGGGAAGAAAAACCAAAUGGCAAUCUUCUGCCUCCACCACCGCCACCUCAACGUGUCUACUACUCCUACUUCCACCCUCAACACGACAUCUUGGAGGAUCAGGAUAGGGACCAGAACCAGUACCUGACAGAAGCAAAGCGCCUAAAGCACAGUGCCGACGAAGAGUGCGAGCUGACUGCGCAAUGCAUGCAAUACUUGGAAGCUGUAUUAUACUUUUUACUUACGGGUCAUGCAAUGGAAUCAGACCCUGUGACUGAGCGUGCCGCAUUUACCAUGUAUAGAGACACACUUAGUCUAAUUAAGUACAUUUCUUCCAAGUUUAAGAGCCAACAGAACAAAUCUCCCGAGAGCAGUAUACAUAACAAACUGGCUGUUUUGAGCCUGUGGUGCCAGUCUCUUUUGUACUACAAAUUAUUCAAGAUGCGUAAGCACGAGGUAAAGGACUGUGACAAACUACUAACGGAUUAUUAUCAGAAGCCCACACAACCUACAUUAGUACAACCGGAAGGUCAAGGUACACCUUCCCCUCUGUCGCCAACUCCAUCUCCUGCUGGUUCGGUUGGUUCGGUUGGUAGCCAAAGCUCAGGUUACAGCAGCGGAGAGUUGGCCAACAGGGGCGCGGUAUCUGGACAAGUGCAAGGAGCUCCUUACGUAAGCGUACCUCUAAGUGUUCACAGUGCGAUGCAAAAGCAGAAUCAACACUUCAGUUUUCUGAUGAACUGCCACGACCUAUGGGAUCAAGCUAAUUCUUUGGUCACAGACAAGCAUAGAGAUUUUUUCAUCGAGUUGGAUGAACAGAGUGGUCCUUUGACUUUGAAAAGUUCUCUUCGUGACUUGGUCCGUUAUGUACAAGCUGGAAUAAAGAAACUUCGUGCUCUCUGACCCCAGUGGCACAGCCCCCGACCACCCACUCCUAAUUACGUGACUUCUCUUCCACACAACAUGGCUACAUAUCCUACUAUGCUCACAUAGUGAGCUCUGGAAACUGCCAAGCACAAGAGGAGUCACCUAUCGAUUUUGGCAAAGUACAAAACUGUAACUGUGUAAGUCAGGUAAGGUAUCGAAAAGUACGGUUGGUACGCCGAAAAGCAGUUAUCAAAGGCAUCUUUGUGAAAAAAGAUAAUGUGGACGUUGCGUGAAGAGAAAAGGAAAUAGUUUGUUUCAUGUAACUUUGUACAUACAAAUUAGUAUUUUGUAAAUUUGAAAGUUAAUGAAAUAUGAUUUAGUAUUUCUAAAAAUUGUUAUAUAUGUACGAAAAUGUAUAUACAUACCCAUUUUUAUAAAUUUUUACCGUUUGACUAUCUAUAGUGGAAAAUCGGUAUCCAGUUGGAAAACUAUUGACAUAUCGAAUCGAUUAGAUUUUCAAAAGAAUUCUCGUUCGUUCGUUUUUUAACUUUAAUUGCAACAACUUUUCCAUAGAAGUAACUCGACGUCCACGUUAUCGAAUGAAAAGAAUGGUUGGAUACGAUAUCAUUUUCGUGUGUCAUAAAGGUUGCGCUGUAUCGAGAUCAAGGAACGUAUUUUUUUUUUGCAUAUUUGGACACCUUUGUAAAAUCUAGAGAGAAAAAUGUAUCGUACUUUUGCCACUAAACGCAUAGUUAUACUUAGCCAGUGGGAAUUUCGUAUAUUGCGAUAAUAGAAAUGGGUUGUCAGGGAUAACUUGACGAUAUGAGUAUUUAUUCCAUAAGGUACAAGAAUAUAUUGAGAUUGCAGGCAUAAUCACGCAAGAAUUUUGGUAAGAUAAAAUAAAAGAAGUUAAUACUUAUGCGUAAGAGAUUUAAUCACUAGAAACGCACGUGACAAAAAAAGUUGCGUUUUAAAAUAAAAGUAACAGAAAAAAGAUAUAUCGUGAAUUAGCUAUAUUGCAAUUUUAAGCAUUUCGAAGACAGGAAACUAAAACCGAGGAUCACACAAUCACAUCGUUCGCAUAGGGUAUCAUCUUACUUAGCAAAUAUAGUCAAUUCUUAUACAACUCUCCGAACGAUAUAACUUAAGAUCCUGCACACAAUGUAGGGGAACGAGAUAUUGUUUAUAAAAAUUCAUAACAAUAUUACCAAUGCCUUGGAGCAAUAGCAAUGUACUGUACCAUAUUGUAAAGUAUGUUACUUACUAUAGUAAAAGGACUGAGUGCCACACGAUGGAAUAUUAGAAAGAAAAGGGAAAAAAUGAAGCAAACAAAAAAGAAACACUAAGAAAUUACCAAUCGUGAAUAAUAAACAAUAAUAAUAAUUUAUCUCUAUUUUCCGAGGUGUUCCGCUUUUGUAAAAUGUGCAUAGAUACAAUAAAUUGGCCACGGAAGUUUCAUGCGUUUCAAGAGAUAAAAUUAACGCAGGCUUACCUGAGCAUAUUUAAAGCAACAAUACACAACAAUGAUAUAGUUUAUUAUAUAUACACACGUAAAAUAAUAAUAUUGUAAUAUUAUUGAUGACGAUGACAAAGGAGAAGUGAAAAGGAAAAAUAAUUCUAUUAAUAAAUGAAAAAAAUAACACAAUUUGUAGAUAAGUGAGGUUGUAGAUUAGUAUUAAUACGCAACAACACAUAUUAACUUACAUUAUCUAGAAUGUAUGGGGAGUAGUGGUUCUAGAAAAAAAAACUAUAUAUAAAUAAAUAAAAAAUACAUACAUAAAAACAUAGUUUAGGUAUACACGCGUUCAUACAUAAUUACAUACACACAUACAUACACCAACAAAAAGUACGUAAUAUGUAAGCAGCAUCGGGAAGAAGGAUUAUGAAUAAGUAAAGCAAGUUGCUCAUGUGUAUAUUUUUGUAAAUAGAUAUUGUGAGUGCCGCCGCCUUGAGGGCAGCCUGAUUUUGUCUGGCUAGCCCGCCCCAUUUUGCUACCACACCUUACCGAAAUGUUCCAGGUUAUUUCUGGUAGACUGUCCACUAAUUGUGAGUUUUCAAGAAGAAUUUGAAAACGAGAUUAAAUGAAUAUUAACAAAACACACUGCAGAGAUAAUUCUUGUUCGUUUUUUUUUUCUUCCAAUUUACUGUAUUUCUUUGAUUUACUAGAACGACGACAACCUUAAGUAAAAAAAAGAAAAAAAAAAAAAAAACGUUUAAAGAAAAGUGGAAAAAGUCACGAUAGUGAUAGUUAAAAAAUAUUGUUUGAUUGAAGGGACGUUUUGUAAUAAUUUGAUCAUAAAAUUGUUUUGACGAAAGGAAAAUUUAGAAAUUGAUAUUCAUUUCAAGAAAUUUGAAGAACUUAUCAGAGAAAAAAACAAAUCAUUACAAGCUUCAUCAUGAGGCUUGAAAUUAAGUGGAAUUCUUACCAGAAGUGAACUCUAUCCUUUGUAAACUCAAUCAUCAUUACUUGCGACACAGCUUCUAUACUUACAAAGAGUGAAUAAAUGAAAAUUAUAGUUGCUGAUUAAAUGAAAAUCUUGUACAACGUAUUUUUAUUUUAGCGGAGCGGUGGGUAGCUGAAUAAAUUUUCAAAAGCAAAUGAAUAAGAGUAAAAAAUUUUUUAAUCAAUCAGCGCGUUAAUUAUAACUAUUCACAGAAACAGAGUUGGAGGGCAAAAAAGGCCCUAGUAACUAGUGCGGUCCAAUGGUUCAUGGGAUACAAUUUUAUAUGAACAAAUAACACGGAGCAAGCUUGCUAUAUUAAAAAAAAAAAUGAAAAAAAAAAUGAAAAAAGUAUUAAAAAUUCAAUAUUUUGGAGACACAUAUUUAUAAGAGAUACGUAUAUCAGGCCCAGGCCCACCAGCUCGCAAUAAUGUUCAAGUUGUGAAGCGUUAUUCCAUUGAAAUAAUCAAUGUAAUAGAUACAAGUAUUCUUCUAGGUUGUGUAACGUUGUGAGAUCUUACCUCGUCGUAAUAUUACUCCAUCAUUAAAUAACAUUUAUAGAUAUCAGUCACUUAUAAAAAAAACGCGUUAUAACCUAUGUGGAUUAUCUGUUACAUUGUGUCUAUUGAGGAAUAAGAAGAAAAAAAAAAAACAGAAAAACCACUGCUCGCGCUGUUUUGUAGUAAAGCAGAUACUCUUUUCGAAAAAUCCUCGUUCCUACCGGCCUUAAAAAAAAGAGAAAAAUUAGAAGGCGCUGCUGAAUAAACCCGACAGCAAGCACCAACAUUAUUAGAUCGAUCAACGUUUCUUAUUAUGAAUUAUUAAUUUAAUCACUGUAAAAUUAUACUAAAGCAAAUAAUAUUAUUUUAUGAGAUAUUUAAGAGGAAAUGAAAAUACCUGUACAAAGUACCCCAGUAGCUGCCGUUUGGUAUUUGGCAAAAUAAUCUUGUCAAACUCUCUAAAACAAGCAGCUUGGUUACUGCUGUUCGAUUUAUUAUUUUCUUUAUUAUUAUUGUAACUGUAAUAUAUUUAUAUGCAUAUUAUUAUUAUUAUUAUUAUUAUUAUUAUUAUUAUUGUCGUUAUUUUGUCAUGAUACUACUAUAAUGAUAGAAUAUCAUUAUUUCUACUUUGAGUAAUGUUUACUGGAGCUAAACUAUUCUGUCCUCGCAAUGUGCCAAAUUUUUUUUUUUUGGCAAUACUGUAACUAAUACCACUUUUUAAUUUUACCGCGAUUAUUAUUAUUAUUAUUAUUAUUAUUAUUAUUAUUAUUAUUAUUAUUAUUAACUUUACUAUUACUACUAUUUUAUGUUUUUUUUGUUUUGUUAUUGUCAUUAAUUUUUAUUGCUAGUAGCAUAGCGGAAUUUUAGUUUUAAAGUGAGUUAUCAAUCUAUGGUGAGCACACAGUGUAUGAAGUAUGAUUCUUAUGUAUAUCGGCAUGUUCUGAAAUGGCACAAGGGAAGUAAAGAGAUUCUUAGAUAAAAAAAAGUAAACUGAAACGAAAAAACGACGGACAGGAAAGUUUAGUAGUUCUGGUUCUAGUAGAACUACAAAUGCGAGUCAAGCACAAUGCUUGAUCACUUGAUAUAUGUACAGGCUGUUGAUUCACCGUUCUACGUUCUGAUAGUAAUGUGGACUGCAUUCUCAUGACGCGGUUGAAAAAUUUCUGUUACUUUAUUUUUAUUUUAAAAAAAAAAUCGAUUAUCAUCGUAAAGAUUUAUAUUGAUUUUGCAUGUUUCGUGAAUAGAUACUGUUUUUCAGAAGUUGUUAACACAUUCUUUAAAUGAUGCAUUCACAAAUAUACAACCAGGUUAUGAUUUUCUAACUGGGCGUAUCAACUUGUAACAGUCUAAUUAUUUUUGUCUUCAGUUGAUUUAUCAUAAAUGAUUGUGAAUUAUGGUUCACAUGUUUUUCUCUAUUCAGUACAAACACGAUCAUCAAAGACUGUUUUGUUUUUGCUAUUUAAUGCCAUCUCUUUCUAUUUUUAUUGUUAUUUUUGCCAGUCAAAUCACAAUAAUGGUAUGCAUAAAAUCUAUUUGUGUUUUUUUAAAUGGAAGCUGUUUAAAAUUGCUAGUGAAUUUCGUAAUUCACGACACAAAGUAUACUCAGGAUAUUUAGUUAUUUGUUGAUUUAUUUUCCAUUACUCGUUUUCACCUCAGACAAUAUUUGUUUCAGCCUAAUUUUGAGGAUCCGCAUUGAUUUCUCAAACUAGUAAAAAAAUUCCUAACUAUAUUUGUUACGUUUAACAAAAUAUACGGCUGUAUUUUUUACUGCAAUGCCAAUUACGAACGUAGAACGAAGAUUUUUCGAUUGUAACAACAUUUCUGGCAAUAGAAAUAGUAUCAUUGUUUCGUAUUAUUUUUUUAUAUUUCAAACUUUUCCAUCCCUUCACGUGGGAUGUAUAGUCCACAUUACGUUCAACAAUGCGCGUGUGGUGUUAUCAUUUUGUACGGUACUUUUGCAAGUACGUAAUUUUGAUUUAUAUUCACGUUGUUUAAAUAAUAUUACUCAUGAAUGUGCAUGGCAUACCAGUAUGCAGGCGUAGAAUGAGUGACGAGAGGGCAACCGCACCAAGGAGAGACCAAACUCGCUUUUAACGAAUGUAUAACUACUCGCCCUUAUUUAUUAUUUUAUUAUUAUUGUUUUAUUUCAUUUUAUCAUUAUUACUAUUACUAUUAUUAUUACCAUCAUUAUCAUUAUUAUUAAUUAUUAUAUUUAUUGGUGUGGAGGCUGACACGGCCGAGCCACCGCUCUGAUAAAUUAAAUUGUUGACACUAAUCUAUUGUUACUUAACUAAUAUUGUUCCAGUUGAAACAAAUGAAUAAUUAAAUAAAUGAACAAAUAAGUGAUGAA